UUGUGACCGCGGAAGUGAGUCAGUGUUGUCUGUGUGUAGCAGGGUGGCUGGAGUGGAGCUCAACGGAAUAAACAUGCGUUAAUUAUUAUAUAUUCUCAUAAUAACAUUACAAAAACAUCGUAAAGGCGUUUUAAUAUGGAGGCGCAAGAUGGUGCGCGUGUCCGAAAUGAAGAUGUGCCUCCUCAGAACCAGGAUCUGAGUUUUCUGCUGCCAUCUGUUACAGCUUUCCUGUCUGAGUAUGGCUGGUAUGUGGUGUUCGUAUGUGUGGGAGUGUAUCUGCUCAUCCAGCAUCUUCGCAAGAACAGAUCUACAGACAGUCGGAGCUCGCCCGUCUCCACGACCAACCAAGAUCCUGAAUCUGUGGUGAGGCGUCAGGCGGCUCUGGAGGCGUCGCGUAGGAGAAUGCAAGAGGAGCAGGACGCCCGAGCGGCAGAAUUCAGAGAGAGGCAACAGAGGCUCGAGGAGGAAAAGAGAAGACAGAAAAUUGAGAUGUGGGACAGCAUGAAGGAAGGAAAGAGUUACAAAGGGAAGUUACAAGUUGCAGAUAACACAGAAGAGGCCACUUCCUCCAGCUCACUGAGACCAAAGACAGACAAAAAGCCCCUUCGCAACAGUGGAUACAGUCCUCUGUCUGGAGACGGAGGAGGAACAUGCUCCUGGAGACCCGGCAGGAGAGGCCCGUCCGCGGGCGGAUGAGGUUAAAGGACGGUCAGACUGACCUCUGACCCUUUAACCCCCAUAGGAACACAUAAAUAUUAUCUGAAUGAAGCUGUCAGCACUCGUCACAGGACAAUAGCAAAUACUGUUAUAUUUAAGAGUUUUCAUGCACAUUUUCAUUUUUUUUCUAGUUCUUUUAGGUUGUUUGGUCCUUUUUGGAGCUGCAUUUGCUUUCAUAAUAACAUUGGUGAGUCAGUAAAGAUAAAAAAUGGUCCAUUUUGUUUGUUCUUUUAACUUAUGUGAACACUUGUUUUUAAACAAGUGUUUUUCUUUACUUGCACAUUAUGAUUAAGAUGUGACUGACAGCUUCUAAUGAUGCCUCCUCAUCAAAGGUAUUAAUACUCCUGGGGCAGGCUGAUGAUUUUCAGUAAUAAACGUGUUCCUGUUUUUAGCUUUUGCACUUAUGAUGGCUGUGCUAAAUAAACACCUAGAGACAGUAAAUAGAAAUGCAAAGUGCUACGUUUAUAUCAUUUUGAAGUGUUUGUAUUCUGUUGUAACAGUAGGCAUUGCUGUUUCCAUCGAUGCAGAGGUUAAUGAUGUAUAAUAGCAGCCUACUGUAUGUGGUGUGAGGUCUUUGCUGUUUUCUAAAGCAUUUCUUUAGGAAUGACGUGUCAAAGUCAUUGUAUUGUUCUCGCUUUAUAGUUUCUCUGAAUUAAAAUGCAUACUUAAUGUU